CUGGCCAAGACACAAGUCUGUCCUUCCCUGCUCCCAGCCCCCACAGCUCUCCUAUAAAAGGGCCGAGCAGUUCAGCUCCUGUCACGGGGGGGUGUGAAGAACAGGGGGGACCAUGGACUUCGUGAGCAUUCGGCAACUGGUAAGUGGAGAAGGAGUUGAAAGGAAGGUGUCGGGAUUUGGAUGUGGAGUUUCUGAUCCUGGAGGCUGGCCUAGUGACUGGAGGCUGGGCCCCCAAGAGGCUGUGGCCUGGGAGAAGCUGAAGUUGGAAGAAGAGAAGAAGGAGAAACUCGAAAGGCUUAAAAGUUCCAGACUUAAUCUGCAGAAUCUGGCUGACUUGAAAAACUUGGUUCAAAGACGAAGAGAAAAGCGACUGAGACGCAGAGUCCCCCCCAGGGAACCUGAGCCCGUGGUUAAGCUGCAGUCCCAGGUCCAGCUGGAGCCUGUGGACCUGGAGAUGUUCCUGAAGGCAGCUGCUGAGAACCAAGAGGCCCUGAUUGACAAGUACCUGACAGAUGGAGGGGAUCCCAAUGCCCAUGACAAGCUCCACCGCACGGCCUUGCACUGGGCCUGUCUGAAGGGUCACAGCCAGCUGGUGAACAAGCUGCUGGCGGCAGGUGCCACUGUAGAUGCUCGGGACUUGCUGGACAGGACACCCAUGUUCUGGGCCUGCCGUGGAGGACACCUGGACAUCCUCAAACAGCUGCUUAACCAGGGAGCCAAGGUCAACGCCCAGGACAAGAUCUGGAGCACCCCCCUGCAUGUGGCAGUGCGCACAGGGCAUUGCGACUGCCUGGAGCACCUCAUUGAGUGCGGAGCCCACGUUGAUGCGCAGGAUAAGGAAGGGGACACAGCUCUCCAUGAGGCUGUGCGGCAUGGCCGCUACAGAGCCAUGAAGCUGCUGCUGCUGUACGGAGCCCAGCUGGGUGUGCAGAACACGGCCUCCAUGACCCCAGUGCAGCUGGCACGAGACUGGCAGCGGGGCAUCCAGGAAGCACUGCAGGCCCAUGUUGGGCAUCCCCGCACCCGGUGCUGAUGACAGCCCUGCAGGGUCCCUUCCAAUUCCCAUCCCAUCC